UCAUGCUGCUGCCAGGUCCAGAGUCUCUCAUGGGUCCCUGUACGGCCUCCCAUUGCUGCUGUCUCCAUCGCCACACUCUGCCAUGUGCCACUUUCAGGUCUCCUCACACUGCUGGUGUGUUCCAUUUUUUGUCAUAGGGUGCUGGCAGAUUACGGGCCUCCCAUAGCUGCUGCCAGGCCCCUAAUCUGCCAUGGGCCCCUGUACCGCCUCCUCAUGCUGCUGCCAGGUCCAGAGUCUCUCAUGGGUCCCUGUACGGCCUCCCAUUGCUGCUGUCUCCAUCGCCACACUCUCUGCCAUGUGCCACUUUCAGGUCUCCUCACACACUGCUGGUGUGUUCCAUUUUUUGUC